AGUCGAGUCGAAGCUUUGCGGAGUUCAUCAUCAUGGCACCUCUCGAGAUAAUGUGGCGGGUGCUGUGCUUAUUCCUCUUUGCGGUAAUAUUUCAAGUCAAAGAGAAUUUAUUUGCAGUGGCGGAAUGGAACACAAAAGACUACAUGAAGAAAGAGCAUUCACUGGUAAAACCUUAUCAAGGAGCAGGUAUGACUAUUCCAAAUUGGGACUUCUUAGGUCACACGAUGGUGACUGGCUCAUAUAUUCGACUAACACCUGAUCAGCAGAGUGCAAAGGGUGCAAUAUGGAACAAUAUGCCAUGCAAAUCCAAAAACUGGGAAAUGCAUGUGCACUUCAAAGUCCAUGGCACUGGGAAGGACCUAUAUGGUGAUGGCUUUGCAAUUUGGUAUGCAAAAGAAGCUUUGGAAUUGGGACCAGUAUUUGGUAGUAAAGAUCAAUUUUCUGGUCUGGGAAUAUUUUUUGACACAUAUGCCAACCAAAAUGGCCCACAUAAUCACGGCCACCCCUAUAUUUCUGCAAUGGUCAACAACGGAUCAUUGUCGUACGACCAUGAUCGGGAUGGCACCCACACUGAACUAGCUGGUUGCGAGGCCAAGUUUAGAAAUGUUGAUCAUGAUACUCAUGUUGUCAUCCGCUAUGAAAAUGAUGUCCUUACAGUGGCAACAGACAUAGAAGGAAAAAAUGCUUGGAAGGAGUGCUUUACGGUGAAGGGUGUUCAACUGCCAACGCAUUAUUAUUUUGGGGCUUCUGCAGUCACUGGCGAUCUUUCAGAUAACCACGAUAUCAUUUCUAUGAAGCUCUACGAGAUUGACAUUCCGAAUGAGAAACAGAGUGAAACUGAAGAUAGGUCGAAGAUUGUGCCUGCUGCAUCAUAUUUUUCUCCGCCCAGAGACCACGUGGAUGACCCACCACCUGCCCUGUCUGGAACCAAGCUCUUCCUCAUCGUCCUGUGUGCUAUCCUUGGGCUUGUCUUGUGUAUCAUAGUAGGCUUUGUGCUUUUCCAAAAACAACAGGAAACAUCCAGAAAAAGGUUCUACUGAUAGCAAAGUUUGCUGCCAAUAUGAAGUUCAUUUGGGGGACAGGAUCAUCAGAGCAGAAGCCUCAUCAUUCAUUUUGUUCUACAGUGGCAUCCAUUUCUUAUUACUUUUACACAUCAUGAUGCCAACCUCGAGGAUGUCUUCAUUGCUUUCAUGAGUGAUUGCAAGACUGUGGGUGUGAAUGGGAAAAUGCUGCACUACUGCUGCUUUGUAUAAAGCGGUCGUAAUUUACUGAAUGUAUUGGCAUUCAGUGUAAGCUAAGUUGAGUUUCGCUCAUCGCAUAAAACUGCUGUGUCUUUCUACAAUCAAGAACGUAUGGGCAUUGUUACAGGCAUGAUCUGCGUUUUUCAUGAGGAUGUGAAUAAAAUCUGGAACUUUUA